GAUAACCCAUGUAGCGACUGUGGCAGUCCGUCGGUUAAAACAUGUGCUCCUCCACCUCCCACCACUUCUCCCCCUUCGACAACUACGCUACCAACACCCGCGACAAUCACAACCGAACAAAUAGCCAUAACAACAGAUACAACAGAACCCUUACAACAAACAACUACUACUACUCUGCCUCCAACCACCUCCACUAUAGACCCUACAUUAGCUCAUCCAUGGCUAGUAAGAAUAGAAAAUGCUGGGAAGAAAUGUUCGGGUACUUUGGUAACACGGUGCCAUGUAAUGACAUCAUCCAGUUGUGUAAAUCGUGACAAAGGAAUAAA